UUUACGCCCAAUUUAUUUCCAUUUCUUCCUUUUUAACAUUCGUCGCAGAGUCCUACAUGGCUGGAAAGCCAAAUAUUGCUCCUCACCUCGUCGUCUCUCACAAAUUUCCCGAGACGACGUAUACUUACACUGAAAGGGAUGUAGCACUGUAUGCACUUGGAGUUGGUGCGUGUUCGAGAGAUGCUGUGGAUGAUAAGGAGCUGAAGUAUGUUUACCAUCAGGACGGACAGCAAGCAAUUCAGGUCUUGCCUACAUUUUCUGUUUUAUUUUCGGACCUGCAAUCACAGUUGUUGGAGAUUCCAGGUUUGGAAUUUGAUCCCCGCCUUCUAUUGCAUGGACAACAUUAUGUCGAAAUCUACAAACCCCUUCCUUCUAACGGUUGUCUACUGAACAAGGCAGCUGUCGUUGGAUUGCAUGAUAAAGGUAAGGCAGCAAUUCUUGAUAUUGAAGUUUUAAGUUAUGAAAAAGAGUCGGGUGUUUUGAUGUGUAUGAACCGAUUAGCCAUUUAUUUGAGGGGUGCUGGUGGUUUCUCAAACUCAUCUCAGCUUUAUUCUCACUCAAAGUAUCCAUCUAAUCCAAUUUUGGUUCACAAAAUCCCCAAAACUCAACCAUUUGCCAUAUGUGAAGAAUCUACACAUCCAUCACAGGCGCUACUUUACAGGCUUUCUGGCGAUUACAAUCCAUUGCACUCAGAUCCGACUGUUGCAAAAAUUGCCGGGUUUUCUCUCCCGAUAUUGCAUGGACUCUGCACGCUUGGCUUUGCUGUCCGAGCCAUCAUCAAAACCAUUUGUCGAGGAGACCAAAAUCUGAUCAAGAACAUAUCCGGGAGGUUUCUAUUACAUGUAUAUCCAGGUGAAACCUUAGUGACCGAAAUGUGGGUCGAAGGUCCAAGAGUGAUCUAUCAGGUGAAGGUCAAGGAACGGGCGAGGGCUGUACUUUCCGGCGCCAUAACUCUUCAUCGUUUCAGCUCAUCUCUCUGAGGCAUUGUCUUGGUAAGUGGCCUUGUCCUAACAUAUAUCGUGCACAUGAAAUUCUAACACCGGAAUCAGAUCAUUAAUCUGAUCUGUUGUAUUACAAUCGAUUCAUCGAACACUCGGAGCGAAUCUGUUAUUACAUUAGCUCAA